GCUUCACAAGGUACAUAACAUUCAGUCGAAUUCAACGCUCAGGGCGAAACUUCAGCUGAGGUUGGCGCCGAAAACAGCUGAGUCGCUGUGAGAGAGUCGAGUUGGCGACGGGAUCGCUCUACUUGUUCUGAACAACCCUUCACCCUUGGAGUGCAGCUCCUGGAAUUUGAGCACCGAGGAGAAGACAGAUUUACCGCCAAAUCGGAAAAUACACCGGUGACUGAAGCAAGUUCACUAAAGAUAAAGAGGAAAAUGUCUACCGAGAGGCCAGAGGUGGCGAAAAUCGGCGGCCUCUUCAAAGCUGAUCCGCAGUGAAACCCGAUUGGACUCUUCAAUCAUCCUGCAAAACAGUCUCGUUUCCGCUCCCCGCCCUUUACGAGUGCUGAAUUCGGCAGCGACAACCGAGUGAGAAACGCCGACCAUGGGCUCGAUCGCAGCCGAGUCGCGCCAGCUCACCCCUGUGCCGUCGCACCACCACUCCGGGGGCGGCCUGGUGGUCGCCAGGCCUACCAGGUGCCUGCUCCUGCUGCAAGGGUGUCUCGCCGUCAAGCUGCAGAGGGUGUCCACCCUGGUGUCCGCACAUCCGCACCAGCAGCACCCACCCAAGCAGGGCCACGAGUUCUGGAUGUACGACAGUGGAUACAGGCUCUUCCAGAGUUUUCUUGAGGCGAACUUGAGAUGCUUUUGGAACCCUUCCCUUCUGGAGGCCAUGCGCCAGCUGCAGUACCAAGGGUACGUGGCACCUGGAGUGCUCCUCGUUUCAGCCGACCCUUGCGCCCUAGAAAUCAUCAGGGCCGCCUGGGGCAGGAAAACGCUGCAGCCACCAUCAAACCACAUUGUCACCCUUGUCGGAGACGUGGAGGAGUGCUUGGUCCAGUCAUUACCGCAAAGCCAAUUCACUCCGUUGCCAGAGGCGCUGUGCUGGGUGGUUUUGGAGCUCACCUCUGCGGGUCAGCCGGCGUCUUUGGAGGCCGUCAGGGCGGCGUUGCAGCGAUCCUUCCCUGCAGUCAUGGAAACUCCUUCAGAGCACACGAUUUAUGACGCACUCGCCAAGCUCAUGCAAGAACGAAAGAUUUACCACACUUCAAGAGGCUAUUUUGUGGUGACUCCUGAGAGUCGACGGCGACGCAGCAACUCCCAGGGUCGGCCUAGCUCCAGGGCAGGCCACUCGGUCUCCCCGCACCACAGAUCGAGUGUCAUAGAUUCGGUUGGGGAUCAUCUUCACGCGCCCAAAACGGUUCUCAUGUCAACGGACGAGGCCCUUGCCUACAUUCACGGCGAAAUGGAAACCAUUCGCGAUGGAGACCGGACACACCAAGCAGUACAAACCAAUCUUGCGGAUGUAAUUUGUGGAGGAAAUCCCAACGAUAAAGUUUUGUACCCACGAGCAAAACCGACUCCAUCGCCAGGUUCAAGGAUAUUGGAGAGGAGACACUCGAUGAGGCUUUUUGGUAGCAAGAAGAGACUGUCCCACAGCACUUCCUUGCCCAGGUGUGGCUCUAUGAGGCUAUCGCCCACCAGCUCAAGGACAAUGGACUGGGGAGAUGUUGAAGUUAAACCACAAGAAAAAAGUCCAUCUUUCUUGUCGAGGCUGUUCAGGAGAAAUGGUACCAGGAAUAGCAAUAAACGCCUGAGCAGAGCAGAUGGCAGUGAAUCGGGAGAGAGCAACCUGAGCACAUUUUCAGCCCAAUUCCCACCUGCUGAGUGGUUCAACCCCAGCGUCACCCACCUGCACUCUGUUGGCACCCAAACGAGGACCUCCUCCUACAGUCUUUCUGCAACUAGGUCAAGAGACACAUCCCUUGGAAGGUCUCAAGCAAGCAUUCCCUGGUCUGAAGAUCCACCUUCGCGGGCAGCAACCCUGCCGAGGCGGAGACGCCAUAUUUCUGGAGACACCAAUUUCACCUUUCCCUCUGGAGACUCUGGCAGCUACUCCAACACACCACGCUCAUACAGAAAGUCUUCCAAUCCACCGUCAUGCAAUGGAACCCUUCGAGCGCCCUCGCGCCAGAGAUCGACGUCCUCGUCCAACGGCAGCAAACACACCGGCUCCUCCCCAGGGACGAGCAUCACAGGUGGCGCCCCUUCCAUAAUCAGCAGCUUCGAUUCGCCCCGCAGCAAAAUUUCCCCCACCUCGUCCACCCUUCUGAACACUCCGAGGGUGUCGCCAAUCAAGUCCCCAAGUCCCACCGGAACUCCAAAACCUGUUCUCCCACCAGGCACCACCUCCAUCCCAGGGUCAAUAAUCACCCUGCAGGUGAGGACAAACGCCCCUUCGGAUGGCCGCAGCCCUUUGAAGCUUGGCUCCAAUGACAUGACCACAACCACAGCAAGUUUUUCGGGGAACGGCAGCGCCAGGGUGUGCGUCUUGCAGAGUCCAAACAGGUCAGUGGUGACCUUGAAUGGCACCCCAGUGGCCACCCCAACCCACUCUAGCCCUGGGAGCGUGGUUGAUGCCCCGGUGAAGAAGCCCAUGCCCCGUCCAUCCUCUUGCUACCUUCCGAAGGAGAAAAAGCUGCAGGUUUCGCCUUUGGCCUCUUUCAACAAAAAGUGUCCUUCGGUUGAGAACCUCCCCGACGAGGUUGAAAUCAAGCAGAAGGUGGCAAACAACAACCAGCCCAUUCCUAAAGUGUCCAACAGUGACGCUGAAAAUCAGCUGCCCGAGUCUUCGAUGAACAAUGUGAAUUCGGACGUUGGAAGGAAAAGGUCCGAGACCCUGAGCAGCCUGAAGAAUCUGCUGUACCACAGCAACACCGAGCUCAGCUCGUUGGGCAACAACAAUUCCUCUUCGGCUCUGAAGACCAGUCUAGACAAACCGUUGAAGCCUUCGGACAGUCUGAAUCUGUUGGAAAAUUUGGGCAAAACUUCCCUGACCAAUGGAAAAUCAAUCGGAGAGGACAACGAGCUUGACAAAAUCAACGGAGACCUUUUGCACUCGUCCUUUCCCAGUCUGAGCGACCUGACCGUGCAUUUCAAGUCGCUGACCGCACAGAAAAUCCUCAAAGGCAUCAGCAUCAACAGCAUCGACACCCUGGUCGAAGUCAACAUGGCAGCGGCGGCCAAUGAGAAGCAGAACAAUUGUGAUGUCUCCCUUCACACCGAUUUUGGUGUUGUGUAAAUUGGUUUUAUGUAAAAA